CAAACACAUCCUGAACCAGGCUUUACCCUAGUAACCCCCACCGCACCGAGACAUGCUACGUUCCCAUGAGCACAGCUGCGCACGUAUGUUCUUGGAUAUAUAGAUAUCGGUUCUUACAGCGCUAAUUAGGGUUGAGAAGGGAGACGAGAUGACGGCGAGGAAAGACGCUUUCCAACCACUGUCCAGCUCUCGCAUCCCGGAGAGGAAGGGAGCGGCUGACCGGGGGAAGACUAACCCGGACUGGUCUUAUCCUUUCCCGCAACAGGAGCCGGAGAAAGGCCAUUCGACAACGGGGAUCCAUGCCCAUGUCGUGGGGGCUGUCGGGGGCUCCGGGGCCGUGGAUGAGUCUUCAGACAGCGAGGGAGAACAAGAAGGCCCGCAGAAACUCAUCCGGAAAGUGUCGACCUCCGGACAGCUCAGAAGCAAGACAAGUGUGAAAGAGGGACUGUUGCUGAAACAGACAAGCUCAUUCCAGAGGUGGAAAAAACGCUAUUUCAAACUGAGAGGACGCACACUUUACUACGCCAAAGAUGCCAAGUCUCUGAUAUUUGACGAGGUGGACCUAUCAGAUGCCAGUGUGGCUGAGUCCAGCACUAAGAAUGUCAACAACAGCUUCACGGUGAUCACUCCAUUCCGCAGGCUCAUCCUCUGCGCGGAGAACAGGAAAGAGAUGGAGGACUGGAUCAGCUCGCUGAAGUCCGUCCAGUCCAGAGAGCAUUACGAGACAGCACAGUUUAAUGUGGAACAUUUCUCAGGGAUGCACAACUGGUAUGCCUGCUCCCAUGCACGCCCCACCUUCUGUAACGUCUGUAGAGACAGCCUCUCUGGCGUCACUUCCCACGGCCUGUCCUGCGAAGUGUGUAAAUUCAAAGCUCACAAGCGGUGUGCCGUCAGGGCCACCAACAACUGCAAAUGGACCACACUGGCCUCCAUAGGGAAAGACAUCAUCGAAGACGAGGAUGGGAUUGCCAUGCCUCACCAGUGGCUGGAGGGGAACCUGCCUGUUAGUGCCAAGUGUGCCGUGUGUGACAAGACCUGUGGCAGCGUGCUCCGACUGCAGGACUGGCGCUGCCUCUGGUGCAAAGCCAUGGUACACACAGCUUGUAUGGACUUGUACCCCAGGAAAUGUCCCCUGGGCCAGUGUAAAGUCUCCAUCAUCCCUCCUACUGCUCUCAACAGCAUCGACUCGGAUGGCUUCUGGAAGGCCACCUGUCCCCCGUCCUGCGCCAGUCCUCUACUGGUCUUUGUCAACUCCAAGAGUGGAGACAACCAAGGGGUUAAAUUCCUACGACGUUUCAAGCAGCUCCUCAACCCUGCUCAGGUGUUUGACCUGGUCAAUGGCGGACCACAUCUAGGGAUCCUGUGUGAGACAGUAAAGGACUUUGUUGCCAAAGUGGGAAAAUCUUACGAGAAAAGUAUUGAGAAUACAGAGGAGUGUGACACUAUGUCUCUCAAAUGUGCCAUCCUGAAUGAGAAGCUAGACUCACUCCUCCAGACCCUCAACACAGAAGCCCAGUCACUCCCACCACCUCUUCCCCUUUCCACACCACCAAUCGUUGAAGAGGAGGAAGAGGAAGAAGAUGAGGAGGAGGAGGUGAGCGAGGAGUCGUUGACCGAGCUGAAGGAGAAACUGGAAGCRGAGGAGAGCGAAAAGAGAGGAGAGAAAGGAGGAUGUUCGCCACACAAGCUGUUCAGAGCUAAAGAACAGCUGAUGUUACGAGCCAACAGCCUGAAGAAGGCUGUACGACAGAUCAUUGAACAGGCCGAGAGAGUGGUGGAUGAGCAGAAUGCCCACACAGAGGAGCUGGAGCUGCCGUCCCCGUUGGAGUUUAGGAAGGAAGGAGAGGAGGACAACAGGGACAGUGAGAAGGACGAGGACACCAAGGAACUGGAAGCCGUGCCAUUGGCUAAGAGUCCAUGUUCUCCUCCUGAGAGGCUUGUAAGUCGCAGCAGCCAAUCCUGUGGCUCGUUCUCCAUCAUGCCUUUCACCACCAGCAAGGAGAACCUGCCUGUACUCAACACACGCAUCAUCUGCCCUGGUACAUCCUACGGUUUGCGUGCUGGUCUGGCAGCUUCUAUAGCCGGUAGCUCCAUCAUCAGUAAAAUGCUGCUGGCCAACAUCGACCCAUUUGGUGCUACGCCCUUCCUGGACUCUGACCUGGACUCUCUAGAGGGCUUUAGUGAGAAGUGUGUCAUGAACAAUUACUUUGGCGUUGGGCUGGAUGCUAAGAUCACCUUGGAGUUCAACAACAAGAGGGAGGAACACCCAGAGAAGUGCCGGAGUCGUACUAAGAACAGGGUGUGGUAUGGUGUUCUGGGCACCAAGGAGCUCCUCCAGAGAACCUACAAGAACCUAGAACAGAAGGUUCAACUGGAGUGUGACGGUCAGUACAUCCCCCUGCCCAGCCUUCAGGGCAUCGCGGUGCUGAACAUCCCCAGCUACGCUGGAGGAACCAACUUCUGGGGAGGCACCAAGGAGGAUGACAUCUUCUGUGCCCCGUCGUUCGAUGAUAAAAUCCUGGAGGUGGUAGCAGUGUUCGGCAGUAUGCAGAUGGCCGUGUCCAGAGUCAUCAAACUACAACACCACCGCAUAGCACAGUGUCGCUCAGUGAAGAUCACGAUCCUGGGAGAUGAGGGUGUUCCUAUCCAAGUGGACGGGGAGGCCUGGGUACAACCUCCUGGAGUCAUCAAGAUCCAACACAAGAACAGAGCCCAGAUGUUGACCAGAGACAGGGCGUUUGAGAACACUCUGAAGUCGUGGGAGGACAAGCUGAAGUAUGACAAGCUGCCCCUGCGGCCUCACCUCUACCCCCAGCAGUCUGUAGACCUGGCCACUGAGGAGGAGGUAGCCCUCGUACAGCUGGUUGCCCGUGCAGCGGACGAGCUCAUCACCAGGAUCUGUGAGGCAGCCAAGACCAAUGGGCUUCUAGAGCAGGAGCUUGCUCACGCCGUCAACGCCUCGUCACAUGCCAUCAACAAGACGCACCCCAAGUUCCCAGAGAGUAUGGCCAGGAACACAGCUAUAGAAGUAGCCAGCAAUGUGAAGGCUUUACACAACGAGACUGAAUCCCUUCUGGUGGGACGAGUAUCACUGCAACUGGAACCCUCAGAUGAAGAGUCUUUAUCCAGUGCUCUGCAGAGUGUGGAGAUGGAGCUAGGCAAACUAGUGGAUAUCCCCUGGUUAUACCAUAUACUGCAGCCCAAUGAAGAUGAGGACCCCUCGUUAGAGUAUGGCAAGAGGAACAGUCGUAGCAGCAUGUUCAGAAUUGUGCCAAAGUUCAAGAAAGAGAAAGCUACCAAGAAGACCAGCCCUCAGUCAGUGGAGAGAUGGGGCACAGAGGAAGUGGGCGUCUGGCUGGAGCAACUCAGUCUGGGAGAGUACAGAGACACCUUCACACGCCACGACAUCCGAGGCUCGGAACUGCUGCACCUGGAGAGGAGGGACCUGAAGGAUCUGGGGAUAUCGAAAGUGGGUCAUAUGAAGAGAAUUCUUCAGGGAACUAAGGACCUGGCUAAGACCGCCAUGAUUGACCUCUAACCCAGAAGUAGUUGGAGAGGAAGUGCCCCUCCACCACAGAGGAAGUAUUUUGGAGCUCCGCAGGAAGAGCUGAAUGCCUGGUAUCUUGGGAUGAAUGGAUGGAUUUGAUCCUGUGGAUGAAUUUGGGAAUGCUGUUUCAGAGAAGCUUUACAACAKAAAUGUUUUAGUGAGGCUGUGAUUGGUGCCAAAAUGGAAGAUGGAACUUGAAAGCAGUUGACAGUGCAAAGAAGGAAGUCAUGGAUCUUCACAAAAAGCCAUUUUUCUAAAAUCAUAUUUCCAUUCAUGGCACAAUCAGGUAUGCAACUUAUCAUCAUUAUAAAAGUUUGAUUGGUCGCCUGGCAUCGUAGAGAAGGCCCAAUCCAAGUAGCAACAAGGUGACUUCCAUGAGUGUGUCCUACCAGCGGGGUGUGAGUGUGUCCAGUUCAAUACAGUACCGUAUGGCUUUGUGAUUGGCUUACUGGCUCUUUGCUUAGCAAUAGAUGGCUACAGAUGCAACACGACAGUCACAAUACCCUGCUUUCACUGUUUACACCAGAGGCGAUGGCCUACGUCCCAAAUGGCACCCUAUUCCCUGUGUAGCGCUCGACUUUUGAGUGGUGCACUAUGUAGGGAAUAGGGUGGGAUUACAGAUGUGCCCUGGGAGAAGGAGAGAUGCAACAUCACAACCUAAAGAGAGUGAAGCGAGGUCUCUGAAAACAGUGAGACAUAUGUUGCAUGCUAUGCUAGCUUAACUUUGGAUAUCUAUUUGGAAUUGCAUGAAUAGUGUUUCGAUUCUUUGGUGUAAAAAGAUAACACUUGAACAAGUUUUUUUUUUUUAUAUGACUUUAGUAUUAUUAUGCCAUUUGUUACUACUGAAAGCAUCAUUUUGGUUUGAAUAGAAAAAAAAUGUUGACUUUUAUUUAUUUGUUUUUGCAUGAUGAUUCUGUGUCAAAGACCUAUGUCAUGUGCCAUAUUUGAGUCAUUUUAUUGUAAAUGUGCUUUAUUGGUAAGAAAACAUCAGAAUUUAAGACAAGUUAUCAGAUUACAUAUUAGGAGUUAUGUUUUGUCAUUUGACACGUUUUCUGUUGAUGUGAAAAUCAGUACCAAAGUGAAUGUCCAAGACACUUCCGAACUUAAAUGUUAACUUUGAAAGUAGUGAAAAUAUUGUUAUAAUGUUUGAGAURAAUAGCAGUCACGUAUAGAGGGAGUGAAGUUGAUGGUUGUAAGCCAACAAUUUCAUAUUUUUAUGGAAUACUUAAUAGGCACUUUUCCAUUUUGGGUGUUUGCAAAGUUACAUCCUCAUAUCAGUAGAUACAUUUUACUUCAAUCUUUAUCAUUUAAACACUCAGUAUUUCACAGAGUAACACUAUGGUAGUGGGAAUAGGAGUUAUACAUUGAUUUAAGUAGAGCAGCUGAGGAGCAAAGGAGUUUUGCUAAUGUGCAGCCUUUCUAAAUUGCUCAGUGUGAUAUGUAAUGUUAAUAGGACACUUAUUUUGUUAGAUUGGUUGCAUUACAGGGUAUAUUUGUAUGUGAUGCUAAGUAUGCAUUGUAUAUAUGCAAUCUAAACCAGUGUAUGAUACACUGUUAGUAGUUAUUCUAGUCCAAUGCCUUUGUAGAUUGCCCACAUGACAUGCAGUGUCAACAGCUAACACGUUUUGAUGACAUUGUUUAUUAAUUUGCACCAUAAACACCAAUUGUAGAUUAUUGCUUUUGUUAAGUAGACUAAUCUCUCCCGUAUUUGUUUAAUGCUGUUGUAUUUUAAUGGAGGUGCAAUAUUGUAGUGGUUUUGAUACAGUCUCUCUGACGUGUUGUUUCGCUGUGGGGAAAACCGAAAGGGUUUUGUAUACACGGACGGACUUUUAAAUUAAAUAGCGUUUUUAACUAGUUAAUUUUAAUUCAAAAAUUCUUCCAACAUCUCACUGGUUUUUAGUCUCGUUCCUCUGUGCUUCCAGGAUGAUUCUCAAAGCAGGAUGCAGGAAAUCAUAGACUGUUGAACAGGCAGACCUGACUGUUGUUCUAUGUAUUUAUAUACGAUCCCUUGUAUGUUCAUUUACAUCAGCUAAAUACUUAGCAACAACUGUAUGUUUAUCAUUGAUCGGCCAACUUGUAAUAUCAAUUGAUCCAAUGAUUAUUAUUAUAAUGUUUUUUUACCUGAACAAAACUGUUCAUAUCAGGAUCUUGGCUCGCUUUAUUGUACAGUCCUCCUGUACCCCAAUAUCUACUACCAAAUGGAAAUAGGAAGUUAUCAUUCAUGAUCACAUGGUAAUUACAUUUAGGCUUCUUUAGGAUUCAUUGAGAAAGCAAUUAAUCUUUUUGGUACCAGUUGGUUACCAAUUGUGUUCAUUUAUUUGAAGUAAGCGCCAGAAAGUAGCUUGUAUCUAAUACUCCAUAAUUGUGCAGUGUAAAUAUAGGACUGUAAAAUAAAGCAUUACCUACAAUAUUCUUAGAGGGUGCCACAUAUCACAACUUGAAAUUCCUAGUUUCCCACCAACCUCUCUUUUGGUGACUUCUUAAGAGAAUUGACAUUAUCAAGAAGCAUAUAGACUAUCCUCACAGUCACGUCUUUUUUUUAUAACAUGAAACCCAAAUCAUGAGGCCUUUAAAUGUCCUGAAACGUGAACUUUUUUUUCUAGUCCUACCUUAGUAAAAAAUAGUCUAGACAAAAUAAAUGUGCUUUAUUGCAAGUAUGAUUGUUGUAAAAAAAAAAAAAAAAUUAUUAUAAUAAUUAAAGUUCAUAGCCCCAAGCUAGCUAGGUUCCUAACCAAAGAUAUGAAUUAAACAUAUUCUGAACUUUCAAUCUUUUAUGAAAUCCUAAGUACCCAACCCACAAUUCUUGAUCAUUAACUGUAUGUCAGUCAUUGUGUGACAGUCAGAUGACUAUCAGUUCUUUGUUUGUGCCACAGUCAUGUCUUGUUGUCUUUAAGUGGCUUUGUUAUGGGCUGGUAUCACAGACAUAUUGAAUAUGGAUUCAUUUUAAGUAGGCCUAGCUCUUGUUCUCAGAGUGGUUUAACAUUCGAAUACAUAGUUCUGUAUUCAUAUUAAAACCACAUGUUCAGUAGUCUGAAUUCAAGUGCAAUCUAGGUAGUUUAUGUCUGUGUUUUCAGCUCAAUGUGCUUUAAUCUGAGCUGUGCAUUUCCUCACUGCAGGUCAAACUCAAAGCUUUAGUUCACAGGCUUUGUGUGUCUGUCUGAAGGGUCUCUGCCUGGUUUUGCAUGACUGUGUUAGACCCCACUCCAGGCUUAGAGACAGAGCUUAAGUUCUCCAAUCUGGGGAGAGGUUUCCCGUACGCACAGAUCUAAGAUCAGCUUACCUCCCCCAAUCCUUACCAUAACAAUUAGAAGGGGAAAACGCAGAACUGACCUUAGAUCAGCAUCCAAGGGCAACUUCAACCUACUUCAUGUUUUUCCAGUGUUGUGUGUAUAUAUAAUGCUGCAAACUGCCUGGUUUUCAUGAACCAACCAAACCCUAUGUGAGGAUAUUUUAGGAUGAUGGUCUAUAACAUGGUGGAAGAGAAGUGAGUUUCAUUUGUUUACAUUAUGUUUACAAUGGCACAGUUUUAAGAAUAAAUAUACAUAGAUAUACAAUAUUUGCAUAUUUAUUGCCUAAGGUUAAACAAUAUGAUGAUGUGUAACUGUGUUUUCAUCUUUGGAAUAUAAUGUUACAGUUGUCACCUGUGUUACUAUCUGGAUGAUUUUGGUGAAGUAGUUGGUCAUUUUUAUGACUAAUAAGUGACUGUUUGCUGUGCCUUUUUAUGGUUAGAAAGCAUGGUUAACUAUUUAUUACAAUAUGGAAGUCACUGAGAUGUGUAUUUUUGUAUUCUGAUUAAAUAAAUGGUUCAACUUUGUUGUA